CAUUAGUCUCUUUCUGGUUAUGGUGCUCUGGUUUGGUGCUCACGGUCUUGUUGAUAAUAACAUUACCUUGCCCUUUAACUCACACUGACGGCAAAUACACAAAUUCCAGGUAUGACGUUUACCUUGAGUUCCAGAACAGGGCUAUUUAUUGAUGUCCGUUACAGGACAGCUCCCUCCCAUCCACACCCUUUGCUCUCUCGCUGUCUCCACUCAAACAAAUUUUAGGCAAAAGUCAUUUGGUCUUGAGAGCUCGGGAGAGACACAAAGAUUCAAUAAACCAUUCAACAAAAGGAAAUAGCCUACAUUAAUCUUCCUUUGUAAGGAGAGUUUUCCCCCAGCAUUCUCUUGGCUCUACUGACCUCACUUCCUGUCUGUAUCUGUGGGUGACCGUGCCUGACUACCGUUGCCAUGGGUGAAAUGGAGCAACUGCGAAAGGAGGCGGAGAGCCUGAAGGAUGAGAUUACUGCGGCUCGUAAAGCAGUGCAGGACCUCACGCUGCAGGAUCAUGUGGCGGGGACAGCUGUUGUGGGACGUGUCCAGCUAAAGACCAGGAAGACAUUGAGAGGACAUCUGUCCAAAAUCUAUGCCGUGCACUGGGGGGACUCAAAACUGUGUGUCAGUGCAUCUCAAGACGGUAAACUGAUUGUAUGGGACAGCUACACCACCAACAAGGUGCACGCAAUCCCACUGAAGUCCUCGUGGGUGAUGACAUGUUCGUACGCACCUUCAGGAAACAUGGUGGCGUGUGGAGGACUUGACAACAUGUGCUCCAUCUAUAACCUGAAGGGCAAAGAUGGCAACGUGAAGGUCAUGCGUGAGCUCGCAGCACACACAGGUUACCUGUCCUGCUGCCGCUUCCUGAAUGACAAUGAGAUCAUCACCAGCUCUGGAGACUGUACCUGUGUUCUGUGGGACAUCGAGACAGGAUCGCAGAAGACCGUGUUUGCGGGUCAUCUGGGUGACUGUAUGUCUCUGGGUGUGGCCCCUGACUUCAACACUUUCAUCUCAGGAGCCUGUGACUUCACAGCCAAACUGUGGGACAUCCGUGACGGCCAGUGCAGACAGACUUUUGGAGGCCAUGAGAGUGACAUUAACGCCAUAGGGUUUUUCCCCAAUGGCAAUGCAGUGAUCACAGGUUCAGAUGAUGCUUCCUGCAAGCUGUACGACCUGCGUUCAGACCAGGAGCUCAUCACGUACCAGGACUCCGGCAUCAUGUGCGGCGUGACCUCCCUCGCUCCCUCUCUCUCUGGAAGACUCAUCCUCGCUGGGUACGACGACUUCAACUGCAACAUCUGGGACUCGCUGAAGGCGGAGAGAGUCGGAGUGUUGUCCGGUCAUGACAACAGAGUGAGCUGUAUUGGCGUGACACCUGAUGGGAUGGCCUGCUGCACAGGAUCAUGGGAUAGCUUUCUGAAGAUCUGGAACUAAGGCUCUGUCUCAAACGGAGGCAAACAUAGAAUAUGUCAAAGACAGGGUAAAAUGUAAAGGGGACAAUUGAAACGGUAGGAUAUAGUUGAAUAAGUAGGGAGGGAAAGCGAUAUGUUUGUUGUGCCGUCACAACGAGAACGAUUGUGAAUAAGAAAACCUCAUUUAAAG